AUGCUUUGAGGUGCUUUUCGUCUUCGUCAUCAUAAUCGCCGCCGCCGCCGUCAUCGUCCCCCUCCCCCGCGUCUCCUCAUCUCGGCAUCCACCUCGCGCCGCCGCCCCCGCUGGCCGGUGUCGGCGCUCUGAAGGCUCGCGCCUCGUCGGAGUGGGGGCGGGAUACACUUAUAUGGUGCCAUUGUCAUUCCUUUGGACUGCAGAGUUGCACACCAUAAACUGUAGUAGAAGUGAAAGGCUAAAACAAUGAGUCUGUUUAAUUUGGACCGCUUUCGCUUUGAAAAGAAGAAAAACAUUGAGGAAGAGAAUGCUUCAUCCCCUGGCUCUCCUGCAGAUCAGGAGGAAGCUGCUACUUCCGCUGCUUUGGAUGCUGUAGAUACAGAUACUGCACUUCCUUCGGCUUCAGAAAAUCUUGCUCCUGUUGGCGGGAAAGAUGGCAGUGCUACUGAUCAUAGUAGCAGGCCAGCUACUCCAGUAUCUGAUGUGUCAGAAAAAACGGAUGACUCCAGUGUUCCAGAAACCCCUGAAGCAAAGAGGACGACGCAAUUGUCUUACUUUAAGUUUCGGAAAGAUGUUAUUGAAUUAUCAUCAGAAAGUGAAGAAGAGGAAGAGCCACCAAAACACUCCCCUGCAAAGCAACUCACUGCUCCCAGGAAGGAUGUGAUUAUAAUCUCUGAACCUUCUGAUAGUGAAGAGGUUGAAGAUAAACCAUCACAGUCUCUACAUAGAAAUGGACCGGCACAACCUUCAAACCCUACAAAGGAAGAGGAAGAGGAGGAGGAGGAGGAGGAUCUGAACUAUUGCAAACUCCAAACACUAAAGGAACUCUUUCCACAAAAAAGUGACCAGGAAUUAUUAAAACUGAUAGAAUCUACUGAUACAAUGGAUGAAGCUAUAGCUGCUGGCCUGAAGUUGGUUGAAGAAGGUGGAUCUCGAAAGAGGAGGCUUGAGGAAAGCGAUACAGAUGGUCCUGAAGAUAAUGAUGACCAAAGUACAAAAAAGAAAAGGCUUGAUCCUUUGCAAAGUCCUGAAAACCAGUGGGAAAAGCGUGAGAAUUUGGUAAGCAAACUGCAUAAAGAAUUUCCCAGCUUGGAUAAAGAGGAACUGAGAGAUGUGCUUCGGGAACACAACUGGAUAUAUCAGGAAGCUCUGGAGUCUUUAAAAGUAUUUAUGGAAGAUCAAGAUGAUACACAAUAUCCUUCCAAAAGUGAAGUUUCAAAUGGAAAGGGAGUCUCCAAUAAUAAUACCCAUUAUCCCCAAAAUGACACUAAUGUGAUGCUCAAAGAGAAACCCACAAAAUCUCAGAAUGGCUUCAGGAAAAAAGAUAAAAAGAAAAAAAUUUGGAGUACUAAAAAGGACUCGCAAGAUUUGGAAUACGAGUCUGCUUCAGAGGCUGGUAGCUCCCUUGAUGGGGACUACAGCAGUGGUGAUGAAGUGAUGGAGGAUGGUUACAAAGCUAAAAUACUUAGCUUUCUACAAGAUGCCUCACUUGGUGAACUCACUUUGAUUCCACAGUGUUCUCAGAAAAAGGCUCAGAGAAUAAUAGAGCUCCGUCCCUUUAAUAGUUGGGAAACUCUGUUUACAAAAAUGUGCCGAACCAAUGGCUUGUCGGAAGAUAUUAUAUGGAACUGCAAAACGUUACUAAGAGAGAGGGAUGUUGUGUUAAAACUUAUGAACAAAUGUGAAGAGAUCUCAAAUAAACUGAACAAGCAAGUGACAAGGAUCACCAGAGAUGGAGAAGGUGGCUGGAAUAUUGAGCAGCCUUCCAUUCUGAAUCCAAGCAUGGAGCUUAAGCCAUAUCAGAAGAUUGGUUUAAAUUGGCUAGCACUUUUGCAUAAACAUUCACUGAAUGGUAUUUUAGCUGAUGAAAUGGGUUUAGGAAAAACCAUUCAAGCGAUUGCAUUUCUGGCAUAUCUUUACCAAGUGGGUGAUAUAGGUCCACAUUUGAUUGUAGUGCCAGCAUCAACAAUAGAUAACUGGAUAAGAGAAGUUAAUCUGUGGUGUCCUGAACUCCAAGUCUUAUUUUAUUAUGGAUCUCAAGAAGACAGGAGGCAUCUCAGAAUGGAUAUCCAUAAUAAAGUUGUGGAUUUCAAUGUGAUUGUGACAACGUAUAAUUGUGCAAUUAGCAGUCCCGAAGACCGUAGUUUGUUUCGCCGGAUGAAUCUUAAUUAUGCAAUCUUUGAUGAAGGUCAUAUGUUAAAAAACAUGGGCUCUGUUCGCUAUCAGCACCUAAUGACUAUUAACGCAAAAAACCGUUUGCUGCUAACAGGAACUCCAGUUCAAAACAAUCUUCUAGAACUUAUGUCCCUCCUGAAUUUUGUGAUGCCACACAUGUUCAGUAGUAGUACCAGUGAAAUUCGGAGAAUAUUCUCUUCUAAAGCAAAAGCAUCAGAGGAGCAUAGUAUAUAUGAAAAAGAGAGAAUUGUACAUGCCAAGCAGAUAAUAAAACCAUUCAUCCUGAGAAGAGUAAAAGAAGAGGUCCUCAAACAACUACCUCCCAAAAAAGAUAUUGUUGAGCGGUGUGAAAUGUCUGAAAAACAAGAACAACUAUACCAGGAUCUCUUCAGCUGCUUAAAAAAAUCUAUUGACAGUCAAGAAAAGAAUUCAGAAAUGGGCAAUGUCAUGAUGCAGCUAAGAAAAAUGGCCAAUCAUCCUCUGUUACAUCGCCAGUAUUAUACCUCUGAAAAACUUAAGGUGAUGUCAAAACUCAUGCUCAAGGAGCCUACACACUGUGAAGCAAACCCUGACCUUAUAUUUGAAGACAUGUCUGUGAUGACAGAUUACGAAUUGCAUUUGCUUUGUAAACAGUAUGCAAAUAUUAAUGAAUUCAAGCUUGAGAUGGACCUGAUUUUGGAUUCUGGAAAAUUUAGAGCACUGACAAACAUUUUGUCAGACUUCAAAGAAAAGGGUGAUAGAGUUGUCCUGUUCAGCCAAUUUACUAUGAUGCUGGACAUCCUAGAGCUUCUCCUGAAACAUCAAGAACAUCGAUACCUUAGGCUGGAUGGAAAGACGCAGAUUGCUGACAGGAUACAUCUGAUAGACGAGUUCAAUUCCGAUAUGGGCAUCUUUAUCUUUUUACUUUCAACUAAAGCUGGGGGUCUUGGGAUUAAUCUGACCUCAGCCAAUGUGGUUAUCCUUCAUGACAUUGACUGUAACCCUUAUAAUGAUAAGCAGGCUGAAGACCGAUGCCAUAGAGUAGGACAAACUAGAGAAGUGAAAGUUAUAAGGCUCAUAAGCAAAGGAACUAUAGAAGAAUCCAUGCUCAGAAUCAGUCAGCAAAAGUUAAAACUAGAACAAGACAUGACUGCAGCAGAUGCAGGAGAAGAAGGAGCCAUUCCAGCAGAUAUAGCAACACUAUUAAAAACAUCAUUAGGUCUCUAAUAAUAUAAAGAAAAAUGUUGUAGAUAUCUUUUUUAUUUGAGGAAAAAUAAAAUGUGGUGCUUCAAGAACUUUUUGUUAUUAAAUACAUUUGUAUGGACAUUUAUAACUUUUUGUAACUUCCUUGUUGUAUUGCUCAUGGCAUAGUUCUUCCCCACCCCAUCCCACCCCCAGAAGUAAAAUGUAGAGUUGCCACAAAAAUGCCACAUAAGCUAUCUUACCAAGGUAGUUUUUAAAUGGGGACCCUAGUUUUAACCCUAGUUUUAACAGAACUGCUAAUGCUUAAAAUUGUUCCAUAUUUUUGUAAUUAUUUCUACCUCCAAAUAUAUAUAUAGAACCUGUCUAUUUCACUGGAUGUUUUUUUUUUACAUGUGCCUUAUUUGAAAUGCCCAUAAUUGUUGUCUCUCUGCUUGUUUUUAUUUGGAGUACUGUAAUGUUUUGUAUCAAACUGUUCACAUAAUAAAAGUUGGCCCUUAA